AUGGCAUUGAUUCCCGAAGAUGCAGAACAGAUUCUAGGAUUGCAGGUAGAGGGAAAAUCCACGGAGGACAAGUUCAAGAAAAACCUAGAUCGGAAAUUUUUUUAUGAAUUGACGGAGAAGUUGUUUGGAUGGGAUGAAAAGAAGACGUAUGGCCUGUUUGUGAUGGGAAAGAAGUACCCAAAGAAAGAGUUUAAACUUAUUGAGAUUAGAAAGAUGUAUGCGGGGUCACUUGAGAAAGACGGAGACAAUGAACUACUCUCUGAUUUUGAAUCUCGUUCGACGGCAGACGCAUACUUGUUGUAUGUCCUUGCUUCCGUUAUAUUUCCCGAUAGCAAAGGAAACAGAGUCAGCGUCAACCUUCUUCAAUUUUUGGAUCCCUUGGAGGAGGUGAGUAAGUAUUCGUGGGGGACUGCCAUAGUAGCACAUUUGAACGCUCAGCUAGCAAAGGAAUCCCGAGAAAGAACUUCUCAAAUGAACGGGAAUUUGGCUUUACUUCAGGUGUGGAUUUACGAGCAUUUCCCUUCAUUGACCAAAGGCGAUGGAGACAUCCAAUUGCAGCCAACAUGGAACAAUACUGAACCAAGAGGAACCCGAUAUACGUACACUGGAAGUCAGGAUAAGGAGGAAGCGCAGAAGUUGAAAUUGCUAGCCAUGCGCCAAAAAUUGGACAACAUGACAGCCGAAGAGGUAACCUUUGAUCCCUACAAGGGAGAUAGAGUAGUACGAUUGCAAGAUCUUGCAUAUUACCAUGGCCCUCUGUUUUACCCUUAUGGAUACUCAAUGUACAAUCCGCAUAGAGUAAUGUAUCAGAUUGGGUAUAUGCAAGAUUCACCUGAUGAGGAUUAUGUACCACUGUUCAAAUAUAAAUUAAAGAAAUGCAAGUCGGACAAAAAGGCGUUGGUUGUUGCUUACGACCAUGAGCCUAAGACUAAGCAUUGGAAUAAUAGGCAUUUGGUUACUAGUAGGGUAGAAAUCUCUUGGUGGGAGCUGAUAGGUGUCUAA